UCGAAGGCAGGGCGGCACGGGGAAGGAACGCUGCCUUCGACUGCGCCCUGCUCACCGUAGGGACGUGUUGAUUGACAGUCGGAGGCACUGAGCGCCCCGUGCGGUACACAAGUGAAGCACGCUAAUCUCCUAGUGCCAGUCUUGUCAGAGGCAUCUCCGUGAAAUACCAGCCAGAUCAACUUGGCGCAAAAGAGACUAUCCACCCUCUGGACUCGGUACGGGAGUCUUAUUCCUCACCGAAUAAACGAGAAAAAGGACGCGGCAGCUCCGCAGCCGUAUCCCGUCCUGUCUUUCCUUGUUCAGUCAUAAGUGGACACAGUUUGGGCAAAUUGGACGUCUCAAAGUAUCCGGGAAACGGCAGUGGAUGGACAAAAGGUCAGGUUGCACUUUGCAAUCUGAGCCAAAUAAGAUUUUGUCGUUUUCAUUUUAUGGAGUAAAAGGACUGCGUCCAGUGCAUCAUUUUAGGUUUAUAUUUUAGGUUCGGUGUAAUUGUGUUGCGUUUUUGAGUCAAGUUACAACCACUGGAGCCUGUAAACACUCUCUUCUACUCUUUUAAUUGGAAUAACGGCCAGAUAAUCAGGAGACUCUCGAGAGGAAUUAAAGUUUCAUUUUGGUGCGUAAUUUGUGCAUUGCUGACCCGCAGAAGUAGUUGUGCGCCGCCCAUCUUUUUUCCCCCAUUGAGUACCCUAUUUUUCAUGGAAUAGGCUAAAUCACAGGUAAAGACUUAAAAAGUGCAGGUUUGUUCUCUUUCGCCCGGACCAAACAGGCGGAUCUGAUGCGCAGAUUCUCUGUAGGAUGGUAAAUGGCCGAUGGGGAAUCAUGAACAGCUCUUCUGAACUCGAAGAUGGGACUCGGCAUAAAAACCAGACGUUCUGUGAGUGUGUGCCCAGCUCCUCCCAGCUCAAACAUCGCUGGUCAGACUCAGAAAAUGCCCGGGAGACUCCAGCCAAGAGAAUGAGCUGCAGCUACCUGCUCUGCACUAUCCUGCUCUUCGUGGCUGUAUUGCUGGCUGUCACUGUAACUGGCACCAUCCUUUUUAUGAAUCAUUACCAGGCCCCGCCCAUGUCCGAUGGCCUGCCCCACAUCUCUACCAAUCAGGAUGAAGCUAAUGCCCUGGUCACUGUUGAGAGAGGUGAUGGCUCGCGCAUCAACAUCUUCAUCGACCCCAAUUGUCCCGACUAUAACAGUAACUUUUUGCGUCUGGAGGGUGUGCAGACCUCCCUGCUUCACUCACUAACUGACCACGACUCUGACCUGAAGUCAGUGAAAGGCCAGGAUCGAGCUCUGCUUGUCAGUCUGGCUGAGGAGGUAGCCAAGCUGUCAGCCCAUGCAGGACAACUGAAAAUGGAUUAUGAAUCAUUACGCAGGGGACAGGGCAGCCUGGGGCAAGACCUUAACACGCUGCAGACAGAGCAGGGACGCCUCAUACAGCUGCUGUCAGACAGUCAGAUCAACAUGGUGAAGGUAGUGAACUCAGUUAGUGAUACUCUUAAUGCCAUGCAGAAGGAGAACGUGGGCCUGAAGGCGCGUGUCAAGGCCGACCUGCAGAGGGCACCAGUCAGAGGGGCUCGCUUCAAGGGCUGCUCCAAUGGCUCACGUCCCCGUGACUGUGGUGAUUUGUAUGCCAGUGGUCAGAGAGAGGAUGGCAUCUACUCUGUGUUUCCUGUUCACCACCCUGCAGGCUUCCAGGUCUACUGUGACAUGACCACGGACGGAGGUGGCUGGACGGUGAUCCAGCGCAGGGAGGAUGGCUCGGUCAACUUCUUCAGAGGAUGGGAAUCAUACCGUGAGGGAUUUGGAAAGAUCACUGGUGAACACUGGCUUGGACUGAAGCAGAUCCAUGCCCUGUCCAUCCAGGGGAACUAUGAGCUUCGUAUCGACUUGGAGGACUUUGAGAACAGCACAGCAUACGCCCAGUAUGGUACCUUUGGAGUGGGCCUCUUCUCAGUGGACCCUGAUGAUGAUGGAUACCCUUUGACUGUAGGAGACUAUUCUGGUAAUGCAGGUGACUCUCUCCUGAAGCACAAUGGGAUGAAGUUUACCACCAAGGACAGGGACAACGACCACUCAGAGAAUAACUGCGCCUCCUUCUACCAUGGUGCCUGGUGGUACCGCAACUGUCACACCUCCAACCUUAAUGGCCAGUACCUGCGUGGUCAGCACACCUCCUAUGCUGAUGGCAUCGAGUGGUCCUCCUGGACUGGCUGGCAGUACUCCCUCAAGUUUUCUGAAAUGAAGAUACGGCCCACCCGCGACCCUGAGAAUAAAUGAAACUGACAAAAGAGAAAGCAGGAAAAAGAAGAAUUUUUUUUUUUUUUUUUACACAUUACAAAAAACAAUGUCUGACAGCUACAGUAGGUGGAGUUACUUGUUUUGCUGUUCUUUAUUCACUAAAACACUCCUUUUUUAGUUGGGUUUAGUUUAACUGUUUACCCCCUGAUGUCUCUUCCUUUUUUCCUUUUUGCUGCUCUUCCACCAUCAUUCAGCUGCUAGAGCUGCCAUAACCCCCCCAUGUUUUAUAUAUAUUAGCGCUGUCAAAGUUAACUCAAUAAUAAUGUGUCAAUGCAAAUUUCUUUUAACACUAAUAAUUUAUUUGAUGCACAAUUAAUGCACAGACAUUCUGUGAUUAUGACCCUGGGCCCACCACGUAUUUUGCGAAAUCAAGGAGCGAUGCAGCAGCAGAAAUGAGCAGAAAUGGAUAAAGAAAAGGGUUUUUUGAAUGGCAAGUUCAGCUUGAAAGCCCUGCCAGAUGGUUCUCCUGACAAGUCCAAAGUUAUUUGCAUUUACUGUCGAUGUGAAUUGAGUUACCACCAGAGUGCGUCGAGUCUCAAAUACCACUUGCACACAGCUGAUGCAGAGAGCCCUCCACCCCCUCGCCAAAGGCAGACCACACUGGUUAGUUUGGAACAAUGACACCUGGACAAUUCUACAAGCAACAAACUUUCAACAACGAUAGCUAAACGGGCGGCUACAGCUUGCAGGCCAAUUAACAUCGUGGAGGACAAGGGUCUGCUUGAAAUAAUUUGCAUCACAUCCACAGACUGCAUGCAUGAAUUGCCUUUGAGAGCUACCAGUGUAACCAAGAUACACAACAGGAGAAAGCUAAAGUGGAGGAGGCAUCGGGACAGACAAAUGUUGGUUGUGCUCAUCGGAAACUACUGGACUUCUCAGUAAUCACAGUUACCUCAGGGUCCCUUUAAGGUACAUUUAGAACCAGUGGUGGAAGAAGUACUCGGAUACUUUACUCAAGCAAUACAACAAUGUAACAAGUAAUUAGUGCUGGGUAAGUUGUGAAUUUUCCACCAUAGAUCACUGAGGUCUUAUAAUUAUACGGGUUAAUUUUUUUCUAUUCAUCAUUCUA